ACAAGAAACCUUAUAUAUCCAUCUUCAUCCCCAACUUUAGCUUCUCUCAAACUGUUUCCACCCACAAGACUUUGAGACCAAACCAAAGUCACAAAAUGCAGAAGCUGUAUUGCCAUCUCCUUCUUCUUUCUCUCUCAUCUCUCUCACAUCUCACUCUGGCCCAUCCAUGGCCAUGGACCCAAACCCAGCGGCAAUUCAACCAACCCACAAACUACGAAGGCUCAUCCAACCUAGUCGACCUCCAAUACCACAUGGGUCCAAUCCUUUCUUCUCCCAUCAACCUCUACAUUGUCUGGUACGGCAGCCAUUGGAACCCAAAUCACCAAUCCACCAUCAGAGACUUCCUCUAUUCCCUCUCCUCCCCCGCUCCUCCUCCCUCCGUCGCCGACUGGUGGCGCACAAUCCGCCUCUACACCGACCAAACAGGCUCCAACAUCACCGGCAACAUCAUCCUCUCCGGCGAGUUCUACGACUCCACCAACUCCCACGGCAACUACCUCACUCGAUUAACCAUCCAAUCCAUCAUCAAAACCGCCGUAACUUCAUACCCGCGAGGCCUACCUCUGAACUACGAAAACGGCCUCUACUUAGUCCUCACUUCUUCAGAAAUUCUCGUUCAGGACUUUUGUCGAGCUGUUUGUGGGUUCCAUUAUUUCUCCUUCCCAGCCAUUGUGGGUGUCACAGUACCAUACGCUUGGGUUGGUUACAGUGGCACGCAGUGUCCAGGCAUGUGCGCAUACCCAUUUGCGUGGCCGAAGGAUUCCGGCAAGCCGCCGCCGGAGACCAGCGGCGGAGUAAUGGGUUCUCCGAAUGGGGAUGCGGGUGUGGAUGGGAUGAUCAGUGUGAUUGCACAUGAGCUUGCGGAGGUGUCGAGCAAUCCGCUGGUGAAUGCGUGGUACGCCGGAGAUGAUCCGACGGCGCCGGACGAGAUAGCUGAUAUAUGUGUGGGGGUGUAUGGGUCUGGUGGUGGUGGUGGAUAUGUUGGUCAAGUGUAUAAGGAUUCUUGGGGUAAUGGGUUCAAUGUCAAUGGGGUGAGAGGGAGGAAGUUUCUUGUGCAGUGGGUAUGGGACCCUGUCAAGGGUAGGUGUUUCGGACCCAAUGCCAUGGACUAGCAGCCAUGUCGCUGAGAAUUUUCUGUCUCACUCUUUUCGAUUUUUCUGUUGUAGAUAUUUUGUUUAUUAUAAGAUUUAUCUCUGAGUGUUAUUUUGUGAUAGAAAUGAUAUUCUCUCUUUUCCAA